GCCCUGGCAGGUGCUUAGGUGCAGCCAGUGCAUGAGAGAAGGGGGACAUCAAGUCAGGCUGGCAAUGAAGGGACAUCUCUCCGCUCUGGUGCUGUGGCUUCUUCUCCUAACAAUUCAGGACAUAGCAGGUGCUGAGGAGCUGAGGCUGGAAAAUGGAGGCAGCCCCUGUGCUGGGAGAGUGGAGGUUAAACACCAGGAUCAGUGGGGGACGGUGUGUGAUUUUGACUGGGACAUGGAAGAUGCUGAGGUGGUUUGUAAGCAGCUGGGAUGUGGAUCUGCUGUCAGUGCCCCUGGCUGGGCUCAUUUUGGAGAAGGAUCUGGACCGACUUGGCUGUAUGAUGUUGAUUGUGGUGGUGAGGAGUCAGCUCUCUGGAACUGCAGUCAUGAUGGAUGGGGUCCAUGGGACUGCCCUCAUUCUUAUGACACUGGAGUGAUCUGCUCAGGACUUUGAAAUUCUACACAAAACGGACUGGCCCUCGCCGAUGUAAAUUCUCUAGCAACAACAGAAGCAGCCUAGACUCCAUUAGUUGUGCAUUCACUGUGCCACUGAUUUUGAGUUCCC